AUGUAUUCGGUCGAGUUCUAAAUCCCUAUCUCACUUCGUAAGUCGAAUCCAGAGCCUUUCGAUACUUCUCCCCGAAAACUCCUUCGAUUUGAUCGCAACCCUAUUUGGAGAUUUUGUUUUUGCCUCGUUCUGGAUUCGAUCUUGAUCGUCUCGAUUCGGUAAUUGGUCGUCGUGUAUCGGGAUCGGGGAAGAGCUUGCGGAAACCCUAACCUGGAGAUGGCUUCUUCGUCGGGGCAGCCGCAGUUUCGGUAUACGCAGACGCCGUCCAAAGUGCUUCACCUCCGGAAUCUUCCCUGGGAAUGUACGGAGGAGGAGCUGAUCGAACUCUGCAAGCCGUUCGGUAAAAUCGUCAACACUAAAUGUAACGUGGGGGCCAACCGCAAUCAGGCUUUUGUUGAAUUUGUGGACCUUAAUCAGGCUAUCUCUAUGAUUUCGUACUAUGCUUCCUCAUCUGAGCCUGCACAAGUUCGUGGCAAAACAGUUUACAUCCAAUAUUCCAACAGACAAGAAAUUGUGAAUAAUAAGGCCACCGGAGAGGUUGCCGGCAAUGUUUUGCUUGUUACCAUAGAAGGAGUUGAAGCUGGUGAUGUCAGUAUUGAUGUUAUUCAUUUGGUCUUUUCUGCUUUUGGUUUUGUCCACAAAAUUGCUACAUUUGAGAAGGCAGCUGGUUUUCAGGCUUUAAUUCAGUAUACUGACACAGCAACUGCUUCAGAAGCUAGAAAUGCAUUGGACGGGAGAAGCAUUCCAAGGUACCUGCUUCCAGAGCAUGUUACAUCUUGCCACCUCCGAAUUACUUUUUCAGCUCAUACAGAUUUAAAUAUCAAAUUUCAGUCUCAUCGCAGCAGGGAUUACACUAAUCCUUACCUUCCUGUUAAUCCUUCAGCAAUUGAGGGUACUUUACAGCCUACAAUUGGUCCUGAUGGAAAAAUAAAGGAGCCUGAGAGCAAUGUGCUACUUGCUUCCAUAGAGAAUAUGCAAUAUGCUGUCACAGUUGAUGUUCUUCACACAGUGUUCUCAGCAUUUGGAACUGUCCAGAAAAUUGCAAUAUUUGAGAAGAAUGGUGGAACUCAAGCUUUAAUCCAAUACCCUGACAUGACCACAGCAGCAGUUGCCAAAGAGGCUCUUGAGGGGCAUUGCAUUUAUGAUGGUGGCUAUUGUAAGCUUCAUCUCUCAUACUCUCGUCACACUGACCUCAAUGUAAAGGCAUAUAGCGACAAGAGCAGAGAUUACACGAUUACUGACACUGGAAUCCUCUCAAAUCAAGCUUCAUCUGUGCCGGCUGCUUCCGCUAGUUGGCAAACAAACCCUCAAGUUGGCAUGCAAGCAGCAGCUCCAGUGGGGCUGGGACAGUUGCCUGCUUUUGCAUCACCCGGUGGAGCAUUCCAAGGCCAACCUUUCAUCCCACCUGGUGCCCCUGCCCCAUAUCCGACUUCAUCUGCUCUCCCGACAACUUCUGCUGCCUAUCUUCAAGCUUCACAGCAGGUAGCUAAAUAUGGAAUGCACCCAAGGCCUGCUGGUGGUGCACCGUACGUCGGACAACCUCCUAGGUAUUUCUAGUCGACCACCUGUUAUCUGACACUUGUUUUCGUCUGCCUUGCUCCGCUUAAAUGAUUGAUCAUGAAUUAGUGCAUCUGCCCAUAAUAUAGAGCUUGUGCAACUCAUUUUUUGGUGCUCUGUACUGAUGCAAAUGGCUUCAACUGUCUUCCAUGUUUCAAAUGUUCUGUAAAACACAACUUCUUGUUGUUUAUAUGUACCGAAGCACCGGUAAUUGGAAGUGUCACAACAACUCAGAUAAGGAGUUUUUUUUCUCUGAA